AUGGGCAAAAAGGUACAAGGUGAAAGGGCUCUGAGGGCAUUGUGGAAGUUUGGGCGAGCUAAUCCGGAAGAGCAAAGGAAAGGAACACGUGAACUACCAUCGAGCAGUGAGAGUCAAAUCUACCAGUCUUCCGAAACUGCCUACAUUGAUCUAGACCCCGAAACCUGCAGUGAUGACUCUAGGCUGGAUCCAAGCUACGAGGAGCGGGAAGACUUUCCACAAAUCUCUGAUGAGAUCAUGGUGAAUGCAUACUUGCUGGGUCUGGCAAGUGUAGUAACCUUCCCCAUCGAAGGCGUCGAAGCCCAUUGGACCCCAGAACGGAAGGGGUACAAAGUCUGUGAUGAGAAAGGCAUCAAGCUGUAUGAAGCACGGACGGAUGGUCAUAUGUACCUAAAUAGUAAUGGAAAGACCAACGCCAUUGCUGAAGACAAACCCGUGGUGCGAGCCGAAUUACCCGGGUUCAUGAUGCAGGAAGUUGCUCAGAUGGCGGCAUGGAUCCACGCCGAAAAGGAUGUUAUACAGGAUGAAAACCUGGCGGAACAAUGUUCAGUAAGGGUCUGCCCCUUAUCUGAAACCCAAUCGGAGAUUCUCAUUCUCAUUCUGCACUGCUUGGUUGUGCUAGUAUCUCUGAGUCUCAAAUAUGCGGCUACUGUUCGAAAGGGGAACUCGAUUGACCGCCAUAUUGCAUGA